UGGUCCCUCUAUUACUAUAAUGGCCCCAUUUACAAGAAAUAGCUAGAGAAAUAGGAGAGCUAGACAGUCCUCCUCACCUGAAUUUCACUUUCUAUUGUGCAAGUAUAAAUAGGUGCUGGUGAAAUCCUUUUUUCAGAACAACAUCAGAGUCUCAGUCUCAGGAGGAACUAGUACCAACAAGAAAAGCAAACAUGGGUGGAGCUGAAUCAAAGACACCACCCCCAUCAAAGGAAUUUGACCAACAAUGGAGGAAAACAUGUUGGAGUAAAGAAGAGAGAGACCACAUGGUGGAUGAUCUGAGGAGCUUUAAACUGAGUGAUCCUGACGUGGGUCAGCUCAGAUGCCUGCUAUAUGGACCAAUCAGUGCAGGAAAGUCCAGCUUCAUCAACUCAGUCAACAAUGUCUUCCAAAGUCGGACAACAAGUGGUGCCCUGGUUGCUAUUGACGGUGGCUUUAGCUUCACUACAACAUAUGACACACACUACAUUCAAGGCCGUUCUGGUGAAAAACGUCUUCCCUUUGCAUUCAAUGAUGUCAUGGGUCUGGAACAAAACAAAAAUGGGUUGCACCCUGAUGACAUCAUCAAUGCUCUGAAGGGCCAUCUACCAGAGGGCUAUGAGGUAAUGUAGAUGUCACACACACACACACACACACUAACAAAUCUU